AUGUCUAUCCUCCAACAUGCAGCGCCAGCUAGUGCAAAGAUCAUUGUCAAGAAUGAAAGGCGCGCACCAAAGAAUUGUGGGAACAAGGGUGGAAAUGGUAGCGGCGCCAGUAAGGAUGACAAAAAGAACAAGUCGAGAUCGGAUAAGCUGAAGGACGAUAAGGGUGCGGCCAAGAUCUCAUGGGUAGAGAAGAAGCAGCUCAUCGCCGAAGGAAAGUGCUUUAACUACAAGAUGAAGGGACACAUAGCUAAUAAAUGUGAACUCAACAAGAAGGACAUCCCUAAUCUUAAGGCCUUAGAAGCUGCGAAGAAGGCCGACGUGGAGGAGAGCUCAGAGUCGGAAAACGACAACGCCUAG